GCAGGCCCAGGCCCUCUGCGGCGGCAGCGGAGCGCGGUUAAUCUAGGAUCCAGUUUCCAAAAUGUGGCGGCUCCUGGCCACACUCAGCUGCCUGGUGGUGUUGACCAGUGCCUGGAGCAAUGUGCAUUUCCCACCUCUGUCGGAUGAGCUCGUCAACUUUGUUAACAAGCAAAACACUACGUGGAAGGCUGGACACAACUUCCACGACGUGGACCUGAGCUACGUGAAGAAGCUGUGUGGCACCUUCCUGGGCGGGCCCAAGCUGCCCCAGAGAGCUGCCUUUGCUGAGGGCAUGAUUCUGCCUGAAAGCUUCGAUGCCCGGGAACAGUGGCCAAACUGCCCGACCAUCAGAGAGAUCAGAGACCAGGGUUCCUGCGGCUCCUGCUGGGCGUUCGGGGCUGUGGAAGCCAUCUCUGAUCGGCUCUGCAUCCGCAGCAAUGGACGAGUCAACGUGGAGGUGUCCGCUGAGGACAUGCUGACCUGCUGUGGCGACGAGUGUGGGGAUGGCUGUAAUGGCGGCUUCCCCUCUGGAGCCUGGGACUUCUGGACGAAACAAGGCCUGGUGUCCGGGGGCCUGUAUAACUCCCAUGUGGGUUGCAGGCCCUACUCCAUCCCCCCCUGCGAGCACCACGUGAACGGCUCCCGGCCCCCGUGCACCGGGGAGGGCGACACCCCCAAGUGCAGCAAGAUCUGUGAGCCUGGCUACACCCCGUCGUACAAAGAAGACAAGCACUUUGGAUGCAGUUCCUACAGUGUCUCCGGUAGCGAGAAGGAGAUCAUGGCGGAGAUCUACAAAAACGGCCCAGUCGAGGGGGCCUUCUCCGUGUAUUCGGACUUCCUGCUGUACAAGUCUGGGGUGUACCAGCACGUCACGGGAGAGAUGAUGGGAGGCCACGCCAUCCGCAUCCUGGGCUGGGGAGUGGAGAACGGCACCCCCUACUGGCUGGUCGGCAACUCCUGGAACACCGACUGGGGUGACAAUGGCUUCUUUAAAAUCCUCAGAGGACAGGAUCACUGUGGAAUCGAAUCGGAAAUUGUGGCUGGAAUCCCAUGCACUCGUCAGUACUAGAAGAUGUAACCUCCUGUGGGCCUGUCCUCCGGCCCUGGGGCAGUUUUUCCCUAAAUACCGCCAUGCGGACUGGGGAUGAGAUUCGGGGGUAGGAAUGUCUUUUAUUCUUUGAGUUAGGAUGAGAUACCAGGCUUUUUAGCCAGGGCCUGAAACUGGGUCAGGCCAAGCCUCACGUCUGCCAUCCGCACUAUCUUCCAAGGAGACGCAGCCAAGGCCAGCCCAGCAGACGGGCUGCUGUCACGACACAAGCAAGUAAGCCUUAGGCAAGAAAGCCUCCACCGAAGCAGAGUGAGCCUCUCCCGUAGACCAGCUGUGUAGUGCCUGCUGCCCC